AUGGAUAGGACAUAUGACGUGGUGGUGGUAGGUGCUGGUAUUGCCGGUUUGAAAGCAGCUUCAGUGCUGACACAGAGUGGUAAGAGUUGCCUGGUAAUUGAGUCACGGGACCGUAUUGGAGGCAGACUCUGUACCGUUACUGGGUACAACGGCGCCCGGUAUGAUCUGGGCGCGUCCUGGCACCACGACACGCUCACGAACCGUCUCUUUGCGGAGGAAGUGCAGCUAGCCGCUGUGGACGGUGCCGACAGUACUCCGCAGAUGUUUAGCGGUGGAGCAACUCACUGCUCUGCAAGCUCUGCAAGCUCUGCAAGCUCUGCAAGCACCGGAGGCAACAGUGCAGGUGUGUAUGCACCAUUUGUGUUCGACGAUGACGAUCCGUUGAUUGUGGACAAGAUCCGCGGAUCCCUUGGCGACGUAACGAUAAGACUAAUUGCGGACGAAAUAGAGAAGUUCAUCGAACUGUACUUCCACUCUGAGUACACUGCAGAGCUCAGUGACGAUAAUGACUCACAACACUCCCACGAGGGGUUCCCGCGGGCGGAUAUGCCGCUGUUCGACAUGCUACUCAUGUACCUGCAGCAACGUGCGCCAUUUCUCACCGACGACCAGAUGUGGUACGGCAUACAGUAUGCGCGUUACAUGGAGCUGUGGCACGGCGUGUCCUGGUACCAACUGAGCAGCCGCGACAGUUUCUUCGGCCACCAAGGCCGGAAUGCAUUUGUCAUGAACUAUGACACCAUAUACAACAGAAUACACGGGCAGAUCCGCACGGAGCUUGGCACAGUGCAAUUAAACUCAACUGUAACCAAGAUCGAGAAUGCAGGAGCACACACCACAGUAUCUUACACCACUUCCAGCGCCAGCGGCGCAGAAGACACACAACACGGCCAACACGGAGCUGCAGGACAGCAGCACACCGUGCAGUGCAGUUACGUGAUAGUAACAAUUCCCCAGAGUCUUCUGAGCGAAGGAGCAGUGGAGUUUAAGCCGCCGCUGGUGCCUCAGAUCUCUGCCGCUUUGCAGAAGAUGCACUUCGGCUCCUUGGGGAAAGUAGUGUUCGAGUUCGAGGAGUGCUGCUGGGAUCUGCACACUGCGAAGAUCGUUGCCGUGGCACACGCAGCAGCCGACACCCGGGCCGAAUUUACCGCAUUGCUCAGAAAGGAGAGCAGAGAGAAGAACUACACGGCUCAGCGGUUGCAGGCUCUCGUGCAGGAUGUUAAGCAGCUUUUGGGUGAUGAUGCCGUCAGGCACGACUGCUGGAACCAGCCGCUGCUGUUUGUGAACAUGGCCAAGACCACCGGCGUUCCAUCCUUGAUGAUGUUGAUGGCACCACCGCUGACUCACUAUAUCGAGUCUCUGCAUGACUCUCACCAAGUAUACGAGUUCUUCAAACCGGUGUUGUCACAGAUUAUGAGUGUAUGUAACGCACCUGGUCAUAUAAUCAAUGGUCUUGAUAUCGCUGGUGGUGUCGCUGGUGAUGACGCCAACGUUUCGGACAAGGGUCCUAUCCUACGUAACGUGAUAGUCACGGACUGGACCAAUGAUCCGUACUCUAAAGGUGCUUAUUCUGCUUGUUAUGCAGGUGAUGACGCCCUAGACAUGUUUUUGGCCAUGAGUAAUGGACAAAGCUCUCGGGUGAGGUUCGCUGGUGAGCACACGAUUCUAGAUGGUGCUGGGUGUGCCUAUGGUGCUUGGGAAAGUGGUGAAAGAGAAGCAAACUACAUUCUAAAGCAAAUGAAAUGA